UCUUCAUCUGAGAUUGAAAUCCUUCGGAACAGAUAAGUAGAGAAAGAAGAGGGAAAUUUUUGGAGUUUCAACCUCCAAUCGAAGCAACUUCAGAGAGGGGGGGAAUAAUAAUCAGUGAUCAGUAGUAGUAAUGGGGAAUGAUCAAGAUCCACUGCGGUUAAAGAAGAUCGCCGCCGCCUCAUACGUCUAUGCUAACGACUCACGAUGGACGGAUUACUGGUUCCUGAUCUUGUUGUUGAGCCAAUGCCUUCUAGCAGUUUUUCUCAAACUACAAGACCAUCUCCACCAUCCUCAGCAUCACCUGCAACUGAACAGGCACGAUCACGAAAUGCAGGUUCAACUAUCAGAACAUCAGGGGCAUCAACAACACCGAGCACAAAUGCAGGUUCUUUGCUUUGGGACCGAAAGACCAUACAAUUUUCCAUCAAUGCUUGGGUAUUUAUUAUUGCUUUGCUCGCCAUCUUUCCUCUUACGCCUCGAAAUAUUUCAAGCAAGGCAUAUCGCUUGUCCUAUAAAGGAACUGCAUGUUCAUCUCUGUAUUCUUUGUACUCAUUAUAUGGGAAACCUAGAUUGUGGAAUCUUCAGGCUCUCAACGUGUGGUUUCACUCAGUAAUUACAACCAAGGAUUUUAUGUGCUUUCUAUACUGUCUUGUGUUUGCGACUUCCCAACUUCACCUCAAAUUUGCUUUAAUACCUGUGCUUUGUCGAGCGCUUGAGCAUGUUGCAAAGUUUCUAAGACGUAAUUUUGGCUGUUCCUCGUUGUACAGGAAGUAUCUGGAGGUUCCUUGUUUAUGGGUUGAGUCAAAUACAACUACCCUCAACAUACUGACUGCAAAUGCUGAGAUUGCUCUGGGUUUACUCAUCAUCUUUUCAAUACUCUCGAGGCCACGUAACAUAUUACAAUUAUUUAUGCACUGGCAGUUCUUAAAGCUCAAGUAUAUUAUUCCUGGGACUGCUAGCUACCACCAGAGCGCGUGGGCUAAGAUUGGCAGGACUGUGGAUCCACUGAUCAACCAGUAUGCUCCAUUCUUGAGUAUGCCACUCUCUGCUGCCAAGAGAUGGUGGUUCUGGUAAAAACAGAACAGGGAAGUGAAAAAGGGAUGAUGAAGAAAAAGAUCAGACAGGCCACAUGGGAUUCACUUUACUUGAUGGAAUCUUUUUUAUGAAAAAGUUUUGAUAGACCAUGCAACUAUCUUAAUUAAAAAGUCAGCAGUAACACUUUCCUUAAAGUUGAUAGUUGCUUUUGCUUCUUUUUCCCCAUUGUUGCCUACUCAUGCCCACAUGAUUUUCUUAAAGAAGUGUCACUUUCAUUAA